AAAAAAAAAAACGUGAAACCUAUAAGAAAAAAAAUAGUUUUCGUGCGAUGUUUUGGUUUUCGAGAAGUUGCGAUAUCUGCCGAUUGCAGACUCUCGUUUUAAAGUGAAUAGUUCUGUUAUUACUUUAUUUUAUUUGAAUCCCAGAACUCUCACUGACAUCACCAUGCAUCAAGAAACUGUUGUACAUUCACGGCCGGACCGUGAGAUCAGGAAGAAAAUCAUAACACCCGGUGAUUAUACGAUAGUCCCAUAUGAAGAUUCUCGAUGUAAAGUUGUUAUUACUGAUGUUAUUUGCACCAACGAGGACGGUAAAAUUGAGAUAGAUCCUGAUAGUGUAGCGUUUAGUCCGUCUUUCGAUGGGAAUAUGCUUAUUGGGGACUUAGAUAAUUUCAUUGACAAAGACUUUGAGUUGUUGCUUCAGCAGAUGUGCAGUGGAGAGACAUGCAGUGCUAUUUUUGUAUACAGAGACAGUGAUAAGAAACUUGUUAAGGAGAUAUCCUGCACGGUGGAACUUAAAGAAGUUAUGGAGGAGCAAGUUAUAAGUGACUGGAGCUGGCAAAGGUUGUAUGAGGCAGCCGUGCAUCAUAAGGAGAAGGGUGUUCUGCUGGUUAAGGACAAAAAGAUCGUACAAGCAUUCAGAAGGUUCAGUAAGGCACUAAAAUUUCUUGUAGCAGUGGAGCCCGUGGAUCCUAAUGAGGUAGACGAUGUCAUGAUGAGAGACAUGAAAGAAUUGAAGGUAAAGCUUUUGAGCAACUUAGCCCACUGUCAACUCCAAUUUAAUGAAUAUGAAGCAGCAUUAGAACUCUGCAACAGAGCUCUUAAACUGGAGCCUGAUAAUAUAAAGGUGUUAUAUAGAAGAAGUUUAGCCCAUACAGGUCUUAAAUUAUUUGAAGAAGCAUGGCGAGACAUACAGGCAGUUUUACAACUAGAUCCUAACGACAAGGCUGCACGGCAGAAAGCCAAUGCCUUAAAACCAAUAAUAGAGAAAAUUAAUAAAGAGUAUGAAAGUGUUAUAAAAAAAAUGUUUGUGUAAGUUCUAAUGAGUAUUUAGGCAUAUUUUAUAAGAAUUGUUGUUAUUGUAAAUAACCAUAUUCUAUUCGUCUAUAAUUUAUAUAUUACAGAAAUAAGGAUUUCUGAUUUCAAUCAUUACAGGUUACGUAAAUAAAAGCAUAAUAACUUUUC